AUGGGAGUUGUGACUGUUUCUAGCUCAGCUGCUCGAACUCCACUCGGAUCGAAUACAAAGUUUUCAACUCACCAUUCGGUAUUGAAGAGACCGAUAACGGUAGCGUUUAAAGGAGAUAAACAGAAUGACAUAGCUUUGGUUGUAACUAAAGAGAAAAUCCUGACGCAAGAUGAAGCGACCAAGACGCACAAGAUAAGGCAUGUGAAAACCAAAAAAAUACCUAAGAAAGCGAAAGGUGUCUUAGCUGAGGAAACUUUUCCGUCUUCGUUGGAUGUCGACUAUAAUGAAGCAGCUGCUGUACUUGAAAAUAUAUACAAACUUAGCCCGACAUCUGAUGCAUGUGAUGCAGAUUAUAUAGAUAUUGAGAUCAAAAGAGUCUCUCGAAGGAGUAAGAAGGUUGGUGAUGCACGUAAAGAGGAGUUAGAGAAUGGUAGGGUGGUUAGAAACCAGAAAACGAAAGCCAAACGGAUGAAUCUUGAUGAGAGGAUUGCACUAAAGAUGGACAAUGAUAGUGAAGAUGUCACUCCAACUCGGAAAAAAAGAAAUGGCAGGAAAAGAAUAGGGAAACUUGAGCAACUUCUUAGGGAGUAUGCAGUACUAGCUGAUUUGGUGAGCCUAGACUGGAAAAAAAUGAAAAUACCUCCAGUUCUUCCUUCUACGGAUCACACAUUUUUAUUCAAGUUGAUGCAACCAAUGAAGGCACUCCUUCAAGUGAAAGAAGAUUUACAGAAGGAGCUGGCAAGAGAACCUACAGAGGAGGAAAUAGGUAAUGCAACAAACAUCAGCCCUGCUAAAGUAAAGAAAGCAAUAAAGGUUGGUCUGGCUGCAAGAAACAAGCUGAUAAAGCACAAUCUCCGGCUUGUCUUGUUCGUGAUCAACAAAUAUUUUUCAGAUUUAGCCAAUAGCCAAGGGUUUCAAGAUCUUUGUCAGGCUGGAGUUAAGGGACUUAUCACAGCAGUUGACCGAUUUGAGCCAAACCGGAAAUUUCGACUUUCAACCUAUGGUUUGUUUUGGAUAAGACAUGCUAUCAUUCGUUCCAUGACCCUCUCAAGCUUCACACGUGUUCCUUUUGGACUUGAAUCGGUUAGAGCAGACAUCCGAAGAGCUAAGAUGCAGUUAACAUUCGAGCUUCAGAAGCCACCAACAGAGGAAGAAAUAAUAGAAAGAGCUCGUAUAUCACCUGAAAGAUACCGUGAUGUAAUGAGGGCAUCAAAACCCUUCCUUUCAUUGCAUGCAAGACAUCUAACAACGCAAGAAGAGUUUAUCAAUGGCAUCGUUGAUGAUACUGGUAUUGAUGGUGAUAACAGGAGGCAACCUGCUCUACUAAGGCUUGCUCUUGAUGAUGUGCUGGAUUCACUGAAGCCAAAGGAAAACUUGGUGAUCAGGCAGAGAUUUGGACUGGAUGGUAAGGGUGACAGAACUUUGGGAGAAAUCGCCUCAAACUUGAACAUCUCUAGGGAAAUGGUGAGAAAGCACGAAGUCAAGGCUCUCAUGAAGCUAAAGCAUUCAGCUCGGUUGGAUUAUCUUCGUCGUUAUGUUGUAUAA